AUGGAUGAGUUGAAGGUGAUCGCCUGGUGCCUCGAUGCCGCUGGCGGGGUGCUGAGGGAGGACGGUUUUCACCUGUUGUAUGCCCGGAAUGACGAGCUGAUCGAGGAACUUUGGGACACCAUAGGUGUCCUCGACAUACCACGCGUCGGAGGAGACAUCAAGUCCGGUGCUCCUGCAGCCUAUCUCUGGUUCGGUACCUCUGAAGAUGAUGAGGAGGACAAGCACCAGCGGGUUGCGUUCUCUGUCACUCAUGACGACACGCUGAGAUACUUUACCUACAACAAUUACAAAGACGACUGGGAAGAAUCGGAUUUCAGUGAACUAGGCCAGCUUCAACUCGCCCCAGGCAGUGGUUUGACUGGAGGUCUCGGGCCCGAUGGUCCUGCCAUUUUCUUCAUCGGUGCGGAUGGUGGCAAGCUCCAGACUAUCAUCAUGAAACGUGGUCGUUGGGAGCUCGGCGAUCUUGGUGGCUUCGUCGAUCCGACCCCUCGAGUUGGGUCGCCACUCUCCAUUACUCCAGUGAAAGAGGGAAUCAUGGUUUUUUUCAUCGGCGAAGAUAACGCGCUACACUACCUGGCCGAAGAUCCACAAACCGGUACUUGGGGAGACUCAUCACUAGAUCACUGGCUUGACCAAAUCAUCAUGGAAGCCCCCGUGUCCCGCUUCAAAGUUUUCUACCAUCCCUAUUCCAAAUUGUUUGAGGCAUACUUUCUCUCUGAGGGGAAGUUGAUUCGAUUUGCGUCGAAGAGCGGUGACUUUGUAGAAGUUGGUGAUGAUGAAGAGGAUGAUGACUCUGAUGCGGGCGUUCACUCUGAUCAGGAUUUUCACUCUGAUGAGGGGGUUGACUCUGGUGACGUUGGCAAUGGAAAGGGUGUUGACUGGAUUUUUGACCCCAUUGAGGGUUCUGAGGUGAAGGUGGAGGUGGGUAGAAUGAACGGGAGACGGAUCGUCAAGAACAACGCUGGCAAGAGAGUUCGCGAUACUUUUCUGGCAGAUCUGAUCACUCGGACUCCCAGAGCUUAUGGUCUCAAGCCAUCGGAGAAAACAACACGUACCGUCAAAAAUGGUCGCUCGAGCACAACAUACAUCUCGAGGACUUAUCCAUUCUAG